AUGUCAUAUGAACAUGAGAAACCGUUAAUGCCGGACGACAAAUUUAAGUUGGACGGUCGCAUGCAGGCGGAAUAUGGAGAAGAUAUCACCACUGGCGGGUCUAGCCGGCCGGUGGAGAAGUAUUUGUACUCUACUGGGAAUGUAAAUUAUUCAAAUGGCAUUGGUGUGCAUGGUGGUGACAUAUCUAGACCAGAAAUCGGCCGUGCUAUUACUGAUUCGAGGAAUUUUAUUUUUGUUGAUCACCAAGGGUUGAAGAGGCAGGUGAAUAAUAGAAGUCCGAAUGGACUUGCAGUCUCUGAAAACAGCAUAGUGAGUGAUGAUGAAGACGGCGAUGCUGACGACCAGUACAGUUUGCCUUUGAGCGAAGAUUCGCUGUCGGACAACAUCGAUCGGCCGGAAUCCACUUUGAAUACACAAUUGGCAUCUCUCUCGGUAGCUGAAGCUUACAGGAAGCGUCAUGAAGAGUGGGCGGAGAAAGGAUCAGCUAAAGUUGUCCGAAGUACAACCGACCCGGAGACUGGGAAGGUUACAAAGCAGGUUAUUAGAAGGGGAAUUAAGGACUUUAAAUUUGGAGAGGCUUUGGGCGAUGGCUCGUACUCUACCGUUGUGCUGGCCACUUGCAUAGAGAGUGGAAAGAAAUACGCCGCGAAGAUACUCAACAAAGAAUAUUUAAUCAAGCAGAAGAAAGUCAAAUACGUUAAUAUCGAGAAGAAUACACUUCAACGGUUAAACAGCAGCCGUAUAUCCGGCAUAAUAAAGCUCUAUUUUACAUUUCAAGACGAGGCGAAUCUUUACUUCAUUUUGGAAUAUGCGCCUAAUGGAGAUCUGUUGUCACUGAUGAAGAAGUAUAAUACAUUAAAUGAAGACUGUACUAGAUACUAUGGAGCACAGAUACUAGACGCUAUAUCACAUCUUCAUAAACAUGGCAUAGUACACAGGGAUAUAAAACCAGAAAAUAUUCUAUUAGAUAAAACAAUGAAGGUUAAACUGACAGAUUUUGGUACGGCAAAACUUUUGGAUAUACAAGAGGAAACCAAAUCAUAUGACCUACAUACCAGGUCGAAAUCUUUUGUCGGAACAGCGGAAUAUGUAUCGCCCGAACUAUUAAAUGAUAAUUGGGUAGACCACAGGUGCGAUAUUUGGGCUCUUGGAUGUAUAUUAUUCCAGAUGAUUGCUGGAAAACCACCUUUUAAAGCUGCCAACGAAUACUUGAUAUUCCAGAAAGUUAUGAAAGUUCAGUAUGCGUUUUCUGCUGGGUUUCCAAUGGCAGUUAGAGAUCUAGUUAAACAGAUCUUGGUGAAAAAUCCCGAUCUAAGGUUAUCGAUUCCCCAGAUUCGAAAACAUCCGUUCUUCGCAGAGAUAGACUUUGAAAAUGGUGGAGCAUGGUCGAAGCCUGCUCCUGAGUUGAGCCCCUAUAAAGUCACGUCUAAAGCUAUGCAAGCACUACCUAGUCCAAAGGAGAAACUUCCAAAUCAUAACAGUGAUCGUUUGAAGAAAAAUCUUCAAAAUAUCAAGGCAGUUACGUCUACACCGUCAAGAGCAUCAAAUAACUCAAGUUCAUCGCACGAUAAUAACAGCUCAUCUGGCCGUAAUACCAGGCAAAACAACAAUGACAUCACAUCCGAAGUUCCGAAGCGUAGACCAAUCAGUAGCGCAGGUACCGGUGCAUCAUCAGCAGCAUUUGCGGCACUUUAUAAAAGAAGGACAUCACAUUACUACAGUAAACAUUCAAGUAGCCCUGUUGUUCCCGUCCCUAAUGCACCACAUAGCGCACCCACAACAUCAGGCGCCGUUCCAAAUACGCCUUUCACAUUUGCUAUGGGGAACAGAUCCACUACAACAGCUACAGAAACAUCAGCUGCAGGUGCCCAUAAAAAGAAUACCACACCUGCACAACUAAUGAACGCUACUGAUAUUUUUUGGUCAUUUUAUUUGACCAGACUUGAUGAGCGUGUUUUAAAAACAGGGGAGUUAAAAAUGGCAGUCAUAAAGAAUCAGGCUCUAGAGCGCAAAGUUGAUAGAGUUAAUGCAGUAAUGGUAGAUACUGUGAAAAAUCUCAGUAAAGGAUCUCUUUUAUCUCAAGUAGUUAGAAAUGGUGGACACAAUACAGGUUUCAGAAAUGUUGAUAAAUCUAGUGGAAAUGAGGAGGAUUUUUAUAAGGAGUCAACAGUUAAUUGGGAAAUGGUCGCUGAAGAAUAUAAGGUUAAAUCUACCAGUCAUGAUGAAACUGAAGUUGAAAAUAACAUGACUAAUAGGUUCAAGAGGCUGUUCUCUGGUCUUAGGAGUGGAGAAUCUAAUGAAAUAGCACAAGCGGAUAAUUACCAGCAAAGGAUGCUGGUAUUAACGACGUACGCAAGAUUGUUGGUUUUAGUUAAGACCAAGAAACCUUCUAAAGAAGUAAAUGAGACUUACGAACAACAGUACGAGAUCAAUAUUGAUCUUCCAGGCAUACAUAUAAAGGAGGUUACGAGUGAAAACCAGGAAUAUGGAACUUUUGUGAUACAGACUCCUUUCUCUUCAUUUGUUUUUAAUUGCCCUCAUGGUGAGCUUAGUACUUGGAUUGAAACCUUCAAGGUAGCCAUCAGUAAAAAUAGUGCAAGGUUACUGGUGGAAGCUAGUGAACAUGAACCAAAUCCCAUGGCGAAUACCGCUGCGAAGCUCAGUACUGGAAAGCUGCCGCAAAUGCCCUCGAAAUCAGAUAUUAGAUCUCCUGUUACACAAAAUGAAGAACCGCCUUCAUCGAAGGCCAAAACUGCCGCUUCUGCUAAUAACAUGACUACGAAAUCGUCAUCUUCAUCUUCAAGCUCAGCAGCUGCGUCUCGGAUCGAAGUUAAACAUGAGAGAUUAUUUGACCAUUUCGUUUUUAGAAAAAAUCAUGAAAGACCACAAGCGCAACCUGUUCCUCACUCCACUGCUUUACUUCAUGGACUUCCAAUUUUACCACCAUCAUCUAAUGAGGCUCAAAAAAUGAUACCCAAACAAAGCGGCAGCACUGCCCUUAGGAAUAGACCCAAAGCUCAUUCAACAAGAAUGUUUACGAAAAGUGAGCGUUCUUUGAGAAGGUAG